AUGACCGCCCCGAUCACCAUCCCCAUAGUAUCCGCACCAUCAUCCUCACACUCAACCUCGCCAAGCUCCAGCUCAGAAAUUCAACCCGCCGCCCCUAAGCUCGAAAUUCACCCCCUCCCUUCUCACACUUCCGGUCUCCUCCUCCGCUUGAUUCCCCCUCGGUCUCCCCCCAACCUUCCAGACCCAAACUUCCACCAUGUCCCCUGCGACAUUGUCCUCGCCAUCGAUGUCUCAGGCAGCAUGUCCGCCGACGCCCCGGUGCCCACCACCACUUCUGCCGACUACACAAACGAACAGCCCGAGCACAACGGCCUCUCAGUUCUAGACCUAGUCAAGCACGCAGCCCGUACCAUCGUCUCCACGCUCAACUCCUCCGACCGUCUAGGCAUCGUCACUUUUUCCACCGAAGCCAAAGUCCUGCAACCCUUGAUGCCGAUGACAGCGCUCAACAAGAAGAAAACAGAAAGAAAUCUGGGCGGGAUGCAACCCUCUAGCGCGACGAAUCUGUGGGGAGGGAUCGUGGAGGGUUUGAAACUUUUUGACGGACAAAGUGGCAGGAUGCCGGCGCUGAUGGUCUUGACGGAUGGCAUGCCGAAUCACAUGUGUCCGGCGCAGGGGUACGUGGCGAAGCUGAGAGCGAUGGAAACGUUGCCGGCGGCGAUUCAUACGUUUGGAUUUGGGUAUAGUUUGAGAAGUGGGUUGUUGAAGAGCGUGGCGGAGAUUGGAGGGGGUGGUUAUUCGUUUAUUCCGGAUGCGGGGAUGAUUGGAACUGUGUUCGUUCAUUCGGUUGCAAACCUCCAGUCAACGUUCGCGAAUAAUGUGGUUUUACGCCUUACCUACCCCAAGUAUUUGGGUCUUGAGGAGACAACGGGAGAGUCGGUGGACAAAGUAGAGUCUGUCCAGCUCGAGAAGGGGGAUGUGGACCCCGACUCAUCGAUGCAACUCACCCUCAACCUCAGCACCCUUCAAUACGGCCAAUCCCGCGACAUCUUCCUCCGUUACGACAGCAAGGCCCAGGAUGCCAUUGCCGACGGUUUCGACUUUGAGUCCCCUCCCUCCGUGUUCGCCACGCUCGAUUACCAACACUUCACAAAUAUCAUCAACACCCUGAUGUCAGAGUGUAAUGACAUCUUCCGACCAAAUCCCCAAGUCAAGCAGCUAACCACCGCGCAAACCGCCUACCACAUCUCCCGCUCCGCCCUCAUCUCCUUCCUUUCCUCCCUUCACCGCCUUCGCCCCGAUGGCGAACACCAACCGCGCUCCUUCAACCCCGGCCUUGCCACCUCCCUGCAAACCUUUCUUUCCACCCUGCCCGCCGCCCAACCCGCCUUCGCCUCCGAUCCGCACUGCCGCUCGCUAGUCCAAGACCUCAUCGGCAGCAAGUCCGCCGUCAACGACGCCAACCAAGACGGCCAAGUCACCCUGGCCCUGACCGAAGAGGACUUUUACAACCGCUGGGGCAUCCACUACCUACCUUCUCUCGCGGGGGCGCACGCCAGGCAGGUGUGCAACAGCUUCAAGGACCCUGGCCCGCUGAUGUACGGCGCGGAGAGCCCGCUGCUCGUUAGAUGUCGAGAUCGGCUGGAUGCGGCGUUUGAUUCGCUGCCGGCGCCGAAGCCGAGUAGGACCACGGGGUUCCAGGGCGAAAUUAGUAUGCGGGCGUAUAAUAGCAGUGGCAAUCCUUGCUUUGCUGGGGAGAUGAGGGUGAGGGUUGGUGUUGCCGUUACUGAAGAUGUGGCUGCGGAUAGCGAUCAGUUGGUGACAAAGGAGAUUGAGAUCAGUAGGCUGCGGAGGGGAAUGAUGGUGCAGACGCCAAAGGGGUUCAGGAAGGUAAGAGCCGUUCUGAAGACGCCUGUUUGCGAGGAGAGCAUGUGCUUGGUUAUGGCUAGGGAUGAAGGGGCAAGACGACUGCUGGUUACGCCGUGGCAUCCUGUUUCGCUUGAUGCAAAGGACUGGGCGUUCCCAAGGGUUGUUGCGCUCGGCGACUACGUCAGUUACACCGGGGAUAUCUACUCGGUCCUGCUGUCAGCUGAUCCGGAUGUGGACGCCCAUGCCAUCAUGGUUGAGGGCGUGUGGGCAGUCACGCUAGGCCAUGGGCUGACGGGAACGGGAGAAGGUGUCGUGACAGCUGCGGAAGAUGUGAGGACGCAUCGCUUCUUCGGUGACUACAAGCUUGUCCUUAGGAACCUUGAGCGGUUGCAGAGCAGCCCCGAUGGGUUGAUUUUGGGUGAAGACUUCCGCAAGGAUUGGCAGAGGCGCGUCAGGUGCCACUUCGACCAGGCUGGCAAGAAGGCUUCCCGCCGUGUCGCUCGCCAGGCCAAGGCUGCUGCUCUUGCCCCUCGCCCGGUUGACAAGCUCCGCCCCAUUGUCCGGUGCCCCACCAUCAAGUACAACCGCCGCACCCGCCUCGGCCGUGGUUUCUCCCUCGCUGAGCUCAAGGCUGCCGGUAUCCCCAAGCUUGUUGCUCCCACCAUCGGCAUCUCGGUUGACCCCCGCCGCGCCAACCUCUCCGAGGAGUCCCUUGCCGCCAAUGUCGAGCGCCUGAAGGCCUACCAGGCCCGCCUCGUCGUCUUCCCCCGCAAGUCCAACAAGCCCAAGAAGGCCGAUACCCCCAAGGACCAGCAGACCGGCGAGUUCGUCAAGAGCGUCGAGGCCGUUUUCGGCGUCGAGCGCCCCAUCGUCUCUGGCUUCAAGGAGAUCCCCAAGUCCGAGCUCCCCUCCAACAUCGAGGGUGGUGCUUUCCGCGCUCUCCGCAAGGCUCGCUCCGACGCCAAGCUCAUUGGUGUCCGCGAGAAGCGCGCCAAGGACAAGGCUGCUGCCGAGGCCGAGAAGAGCAAGUAA